AGGCUGAAUCCAGUAGCGAUGCUGAAGCUGCAGGGAAAUCCUAAACAAACACGUUUUACUUGUGCCUGAAGGCGGACAAGCCAGCUGGCGACAGAGCACAACUCCGAAGAGAGCUUGGCCUACCUUACAAGAUGGGUUUCGGCAUCCAGCUUGCCUUGUUGAUGUGGAAGAACUUCACGUAUCGGCGCAGGCAGAGGAUCCAGCUAAUUGUGGAAGUCCUGUGGCCGCUCUUCUUAUUUUUCAUUCUCAUCUCAGUACGCCGUUCUCACCCGCCUUUCGAGCAGCAUGAAUGUCACUUUCCAAACAAAGCCUUGCCGUCUGCCGGGACUCUGUCGUGGAUUCAGGGCAUCAUCUGCAAUGUGAACAACCUCUGCUUCCGGUACCCGACCACUGGAGAGACACCAGGCUUGGUGGGGAACUUCGAUCAUUCCAUCAUCUCUCGUCUGUUUGCUGAUGCCCAGAAGGUCCUCCUCCAUGUCAACAACCAACAAGCCAUGGAUAGUUUCUCCCAGCUUGUGUCUGCCUUGCACCAGCUCAGUGACAACAGAAACCUGUGGACAGGAUUGCCCUUGAAGGAGAUUGUUUGCAAUGCAUCGAUUCUUGCAGAGUUUUUGACCGUGAAGGAAGCUGCCGAAGACCUGCAGAAGAGGCUAUGUAUUUUGCCUCCCGCAACUCUUCAGGCCUUGGAACGCAGCUUCAUCUCCCAGAUGGAUUGGGCCAAGAUAUUUGCAGAGCGUUUGAAAUCUGGAUUGGCCAACUCAGCAGACCCUACAGAAUCACUGCUUGUCUUCCUUCGAAGCACCGACUCAUUAGCCAAGGAGGUCUCUUCCAUGACCAGCUUUGUGGAGUUCCGUGAGGCCUUGCAGAGUCUGUCAGGUGCUGGCCCCGCCUCUUUCCCUCAAGGAGCAUUUGAGACAGUGUCCCAUUGCGGUCGCUCAGAAGAAGGCAACUUGAAAAUCCCUUCCCUAAAUUGGUAUGAGGACAAUGAUAUUAAGAGCUUCCUUGGCCGCAACGGAUCUGAGCAGAAGUCUGUCUCCUUAGACAACGCCAUGAGCCCCUUUUGCAAAGAUCUCAUCAGGACCUUGGAAUCCAACCCGCUUUCCCGCGUUUUAUGGCAGGGCAUCAAACCCUUGUUUGUCGGCAAAAUUUUGUACACCCCUCGUACGCCAGCCACGCAGAAGGUCAUGGCUGAGGUGAACCGGACAUUCCAGAACCUAGCUGUGCUGCGUGAAGUGAAGGGAGCCUGGCAGGAUCUCGGCCCCCAGAUCUACACCUUCAUGAACACAAGCCUCGAAGUUGCAGCUAUUCAGAACCUGCUGGAAACUCCUGGUGUGGCCCGUUUUAUGGAGCAGCACCUCAAUGGAACAUUCUGGAAUGUGUCAACCUUGAGGGACUUUCUGCUAGCAGACUCGGGGGGUCAGGCCUACACUUGGCGUGAUGCCUAUGCUGAAGUAGAUUACAUUGUUGGCACCUUGUCUCAGUUUAUUGAGUGUGUCUCCUUGGACAAGAUUGAGGCAGUGUCCUCUGAAGAGCACCUCGUCUUCCGAGCCAUGCAGCUGCUGGAGGACCGGCAGUUCUGGGCCGGAGUUGUGUUCCUGCCACCAGAAAACCAAAGUGAGCUCGGCCCGGACUUACCAGCCCACGUCCGCUUCAAGAUCCGCAUGGACAUUGAUGAUGUCACCCGCACCAACAAGAUCAAGGACAGGUUUUGGGACCCCGGGCCGGCUGCCGAUCCCUUUGAAGAUUUGCGAUAUGUUUGGGGUGGCUUUGUCUACGUUCAGGACCUGGUGGAACAGGCAUUGGUGCAGGUUCUUUCUGGGACGCCGUUGCCACAUCGCACUGGCAUCUAUGUGCAGCAGAUGCCUUACCCCUGCUUCGUGGAUGAUGUCUUCCUGCGUGUCUUAAAUCGCUCUCUGCCUCUCUUCAUGACUCUGGCUUGGAUCUACUCGGUAGCCAUGAUCAUCAAAGGGGUGGUCCACGAGAAGGAGGCGCGCCUGAAAGAGACCAUGAAGAUCAUGGGGCUGAAGAGCGCCACCCUCUGGCUCAGCUGGUUCCUUAGCAGUUUCAUCCCUUUCCUUAUCAGCGCCUUGUUACUCGUCCUGAUCCUCAAGCGAGGAGACAUACUGCCCUACAGCGACCCCGCCGUGGUCUUUCUCUUCCUGGCUGCCUUCGCCGUGGCCACAAUCUCCCAGUGUUUCCUCAUCAGCACCUUCUUCUCCCGCGCCAACCUGGCCUCGGCCUGCGGCGGCAUCAUCUACUUCUCCUUCUACCUGCCAUACGUGUUGUGCGUGGCCUGGCGUGACUACAUUACCUUUCCUCUGCGGCUCUUGGUGAGCCUCAUGUCUCCCGUGGCGUUCGGCUUUGGCUGCGAGUACUUCUCCCUCUACGAGGAGCAAGGGAUGGGUGUCCAGUGGCACAACCUCAACGCCAGCCCCGUGGAAGGCGAUCGUUACACAUUUGCCACGUCUGUGGCGCUGCUUCUCUUUGAUGCGCUGCUCUACGGUUUGGCCACGUGGUACAUUGAAGGCGUGUUUCCAGGCCAAUAUGGGAUCCCAAAGCCUUGGAAUUUCCCCUUCCAGAAGAGCUACUGGUUUGGGGAGUCCUCCAGUGAUAGCUCCCCUCACCCCUGUCCUAUAAACUCUCUCAACUCUGCAGAAGCACUGACAGAGGAGCCUCCUGCCCAUUUACAGGUGGGCGUCUCGAUCCGCAACCUGGUGAAGAUCUACCAUAGCAGCAGAAAGAUCGCUGUCAACGGGCUAAGCCUUAACUUCUACGAGGGGCAGAUAACUUCCUUCCUAGGCCACAACGGUGCUGGCAAGACCACCACCAUGUCUGUCCUGACUGGCCUGCUGCCCCCCAGUUCUGGCACCGCCUACAUCUUGGGGAGGGACAUCUGCUCAGACAUGGACAUCAUCCGGAAGACCAUGGGGAUGUGCCCUCAACACAAUGUCCUGUUUGACAUCCUGACUGUGGAAGAACACAUCUGGUUUUAUGGACGCCUGAAGGGUCUUUCUGGACAACAGGUCCAGGAGGAGAUGCAGCAGAUAAUACAGGAUGUGGGGCUGCCCCACAAGCGAUGGGAACAGACUAAGAACCUGUCGGGUGGGAUGCAACGGAAGCUUUCAGUAGCCAUUGCCUUUGUGGGCGGCUCAAAGGUGGUGAUUCUGGAUGAACCCACCGCUGGCGUCGAUCCGUACUCUCGCCGAGGCAUCUGGGAGCUGCUGUUGAAGUAUCGUGCAGGCCGCACUGUCAUCCUGUCCACCCACUACAUGGAUGAGGCAGACCUGCUGGGUGACCGCAUCGCCAUCAUCUCGCAGGGCCGGCUCUGCUGCUGUGGCUCCUCCCUCUUCCUCAAGACGAAACUGGGCACGGGCUACUACCUGACCCUUGUGAAGCAAGAAGUUGGUGGGGCUCGUGAGAAUUCGAGCAUCCCCAACGGCCUCGUGUCCGCCAGUAAAAAGGAUGAUGAUAAUUCAGAGAGGAGCAGUGAUACGGGUCUAGGGAGCGAGCCAAACACAGAAUCCGUUGUCUUUGACGUCUUGCAGCUCACAGCUCUGAUCAAGGAACUUGUUCCGGGCUCGCGGCUGGUAGAGGAUAUCGGCCAGGAGGUUCUCUACGUCCUGCCAUACAGCGGUGCCAAAGAGGGUGCAUUUGAGGGUUUGUUCCGGGAACUGGACAGCCGCCUGGGCGAACUUGGCAUCUCCAGCUAUGGCAUCUCUGAUACCAGCUUGGAAGAGAUCUUCUUGAAGGUGGCUGAGGACACUGGUGUGGAUGCAGAAGGUGCUGCUGAGACUACUCAGAGUUUCUGUACGUCCACGCCGGCCUCUGCUUACACCCUGAGGACCCUCAAUGAGGACACAGAAAUGGGUGAUACUGAACCGGCCAAAGGACGCAAGAAAGCUGAUGAACCGACGGAGACAGAUCUCUUGCGUGGCACGAAUGUCCAGGACUCCUGCCGCCUGACAGGCUGGGCGUUGACAUACCAGCAGUUGUGUGCCCUCUUCACCAAGAGGUUCCUGUACGCCCGCCGUAGUACCAGAGGAUUCUUUGCACAAAUAGUUCUUCCUGCUGUCUUCGUCUGCAUCGCCCUGCUCUUCAGCCUGAUCGUCCCGCCCUUUGGCAAGUACCCGCCAUUGCCUCUCACACCCCGGAUGUAUGGGGCCCAAACGAUCUUUUUCAGUGAUGACUCUUCAGGGGAUGCAAACUCUGCCCGACUUCUGGAAGCCCUUCUAGAAGACCCUGGCUUUGGCACUGGGUGCAAGAGAGAUUCUUCAGAGCUGCAGAAGCCGUGCUCACAGCUGGCCUUGCAUGCUCAGAACUUUGUGAUCCCGGAAGUGCCUCGGUCUGUGGUGGAAGUUUUUGAGAACAGCAACUGGACUCUGGCAGACCCGUCUCCAGGAUGUGUGUGCAGUUCCCAGACGGCGCGGAAGAUGCUCCCAGAUUGCCCCGAAGCAGCCGGAGGGCUGCCACCUCCUCAGGUACAGACUGCCACCGGUGACAUCCUGCAGAACCUCACAGGAAGGAACAUUUCGGAUUACCUGGUGGCAUUACAGUUAAGAACAAAGAAAUGGGUUCAUGAACAGCGGUACGGUGGAUUCUCUCUGGGCGCUCGUCCCUCUCAGGCUCUGCCAAGCCCUCAGGAAGUGGACGCCACUGUUGAAAAGAUCCGUGGCUUUCUCCGCAUCGCUCAAGGGAGUUCUCUGGACAGGCUGCUGAGCAACCUUAGUAGUUUCAUUGACGGACUGGAGUCGUCUGAGAAUGUCAAGGUUUGGUUCAACAAUAAGGGGUGGCACGCAAUGGUGUCUUUUGUCAACAUGGUGAACAAUGGCCUCCUCCGGGCCAGGCUUCCUGCUGGGGUAAACCGUUCACACUACAGUAUCACGGCCAUUAACCAUCCACUCAACAUGACCAAAGAGCAGCUCUCAGAGGCAGCCUUGAUGGCCACCUCCGUAGAUGUUCUGGUUUCCAUCUGCGUGAUGUUCGCCUUGUCCUUCGUCCCUGCCAGCUUCGUCCUCUUCCUCAUUGAAGAACGGGUCAGCAAAGCCAAGCACCUGCAGAUCGUCAGCGGCAUGAGGCCCGGGGUCUAUUGGCUGGGCAACUUUGCUUGGGACAUGUGCAAUUAUCUUGUUCCGGCUGUUCUGGUGGUCCUGAUCUUCAUCUGCUUCCAGCAGAAGUCCUACGUAUCACCAGCUAACCUCCCAACGCUAAUUCUUCUGCUCCUCCUCUACGGCUGGUCCAUCACACCCCUGAUGUACCCAGCAUCCUUCUUCUUCAGCAUCCCCAGCACGGCUUACGUGGCCCUCACCUGCAUCAACCUCUUCAUUGGCAUCAAUGGCAGCGUGGCUACAUUUGUCCUUGAACUCUUUACGGAUAAGAAGCUGAACGACAUCAACAUCAUCCUGAAGAAGGUCUUUUUGGUCUUCCCCCACUUCUGCCUGGGCCGGGGAUUGAUUGACAUGGUGAAGAACCAAGCCAUGGCCGACGCCUUCGAGAGAUUCGGCGACAAGCAUUUUAUUUCUCCUCUUAGCUGGGACCUGGCCGGGAAAAACAUCUUUGCGAUGGCUGUUGAGGGGGUCGUCUUUUUCAUCUUCACCAUCUUGGUGCAGUACAGAUUCUUCAUCCACCUCCGGCCUUUUCCUGUUAAGUUGCCUCUCCUGGAUGAAGAAGAUGAAGACGUGGCCAAAGAACGGAAGAGGAUUAUGAGUGGGAUGCACCAGGGAGACGUUUUGGUACUCCGAGACCUGACAAAGAUUUACCGGAUGAACAAAAAGCCAGCGGUGGAUCGUUUAUGUGUGGGGAUCCCUCCAGGAGAGUGUUUUGGCCUUCUGGGGGUCAACGGUGCCGGGAAGACUUCAACUUUCAAAAUGCUGACCGGAGACUCGGGGGUGACCUCGGGAGAGGCGUUUCUAAAAGGUUAUAGUGUGCUUAGCAAUCUGCAGUCCGUCCACCAAAACAUGGGCUACUGCCCCCAGUUCGACGCCAUCAACAACCUUCUGACGGCUCAUGAACACCUCCAGUUCUACUGUCGCCUGCGUGGGGUCCCAGAGAGCGUGAUCCCUGGGGUGGUUCAGUGGGGGUUGUCCACUCUUGGCCUAACGCAGUACGCAGACAGACCUGCCGGCCGGUACAGUGGGGGGAACAAACGCAAGCUGUCCACGGCCAUCGCCCUCAUUGGUGCACCGCCUGUCAUCUUCCUGGACGAACCAACGACCGGGAUGGAUCCACGGGCAAAGCGUUUCCUGUGGAACUGCAUCCUGGGCAUGAUCAAAGAUGGCAGGUCCGUGGUGCUCACGUCACACAGCAUGGAGGAAUGUGAGGCCUUGUGCACCCGAAUGGCCAUCCUGGUUAACGGCCGGUUUCGAUGCCUGGGAAGCGUGCAGCACCUGAAGAACAGGUUUGGAGAUGGAUACACUAUCGUGCUUCGGGUCUCGGGGACCAACCCAGAUCUGGGUCCCCUGGAGAAGUUCAUCCGGGACUCCUUCCCCAGCAUAAUUCUCAAGGAAAGGCAUCACUGUACUCUCCAGUACCAACUACCAUCUCAUGGCUGCUCCCUGGCCAAGAUCUUUGGCAUCCUCUCAGCCCACCAGGGGACAUAUCACAUAGAAGACUACUCGGUCUCACAGACCACCCUUGACCAGGUGUUUGUACAUUUCGCUAAGGACCAAAGCGACGACGAUCAUCCUAAGGAGGCAUCCCCAGCGACCGAUCCCGAAAACCCCGGCAUCCGUUGGCGAAGGGUCACUGGUUUCUUGGAAGAUAAAAAUGUGCAAGAAAGCAGAGUCUGAGAAACUGGCACCAGCGAGGGGGGGCGGGGGAAGGAUGUCGUUAGUGUCUGCAACCUGAAGGUGGAAUUAUGGAAAUCUUGCGGUGCCCCUGUCUCUGUUUCCAUCCACACUCCCUUUCCAGGGGAGCCAAUGAACACUGAGAAUGGAUGGGUUUUGAAGCCUCAGAGCACUUUGGUAGGGCUUGAACAGCAAAUAGAGCAGUGGUUCUCAAUCUGGGGGUCGGAACCCCUUUGUGGGUCGAACGACCCUUCACAAGGGUCACCUAAGACUCUCUGCGUCAGUGUUCUCCAUCUGUAAAAUGGAUCAAUGUUAGGGCUGGGGGUCACCACAACAUGAGGAACUGUAUUAAAGGGUCGCAGCAUUCGGAAGGUUGAGAACCACUGAAAUAGAGUGUUCGAACGUGAAGGCAAUUCUGGAUCAGAUGAAACGUCUGCAUAGUCCAACACUUUUCUCACAGCGGUCUACCCAUUGGUCCACAGGCAGGACUCGAAGGCCAAAGCGGCAUCCUGUUGGUGCCCCUGCCAAGGAUAUUCAGAGAAUUUCUGCAUUGGAACAUGGAUGUUUCAUUUUGGCUAAUUUCAGAGGGUAGCCCUGCCUGCCAUAAAACAGUUUGAUUUGAGUCUAGUGGCGCCUUAGACCCAAUGAGAUUUCCAGGGUGUAAGCUUCUGAGAGUCAUAGAUUGAAGAAACCUUUGGCUGUCAAAAACUUAUAUUCUGAAAACCUUGUUGGUCACUGUACCACUGGAUUGGAAUCUCGCCAUCUUGGCUAAUAAGGUUGGGCGACUCUCUACAGAAACGUCCUUCUCGUCAUUUGUCCUCAAGGAGGAAUUUUUGCCUGCUGAAGUCGAUACUGUAUUAAAACUGCUUCCAAGAUUUUUUAAUGGAUUGGGGGAGGCGGGGUGUUGCUCAGGCAAAAAACCACAAUUCCCUUGGCUCUUUUGGGGGCAAAAGAACCCAAACGUUUUUGAAACCAUCUCAGGUGUGUUGCAUAAACAAGCCAAGGACUUCCUGCAGGGAUGCCUUGGCCGUCUUUCUGUUUUGGCUUCACAAGCAUGGCCGUUUCUGCAUGGGUGCAAGCCAAUGAACAGGAGGCACCAUUUGCACAAUAUGGCGUUGUGGCCGCUGUUGUGUUGGAAGCUCCAGAGAACGAGAUUGUUUCCCCUAUCUUCACAGCAGUGGCGUAGUGGUUAAGAGCAGGUGUACUCUAAUCUGGAGGAACUGGGUUUGAUUCCCCGCUGUGCCCCCCUGUCCUGGGAAUUCAGAUUAGCCUGUA